UUUCUCUCUCUCUCUCCCGUUCGUUCACGCGUCGUCGAAAAAAUGGCCAGGUACCUGCCCAUCAUCAUCAAAAACCCAAAUCCCCAUGAACAAAGCCCCUCCGAUCAUUUCAUGGCGAUCGGAUCGCUUCACAAGAAAAAGCACAGCAAGCGAUCGAAUCUCAAGGCGCGCGUUGCAAUGGCCUCGCGCCCUAACCCUUCUUCCAACCACAAAAAAUCCUAUCUGGUCGUUUCGGUUCUUUUGGUUAUCUCUGCUGUUGUUUUACUGGGCAUUUCAUCGAGCUUGUGGAGCAAGUUCAAAUCCCAUGACAAGUCAUUUCCCAGAAUCUACACGAUCGAGGUAGUUAACGAGUUUCCUCACGAUCCCCAUGCCUUCACUCAGGGGCUUCUUUAUGCUGGAAAUAACACCAUAUUUGAGUCAACUGGUCUUUAUGGGGAGUCAUCAGUUCGGAAAGUAGCUCUUCAGAGUGGGAAGGUUGAGGCACUCCAUAAGAUGGACGAUUCUUACUUUGGGGAGGGUUUAACUCUACUUGGUGAAAGGCUGUUCCAAGUAACGUGGUUGGAGAAUACUGGUUUCAUAUAUGACCGAAAUAAUUUAAGCAAAUUUGAGAAAUUUACUCAUCAAAUGCAAGAUGGUUGGGGUCUGGCAACUGAUGGAGAGGUCUUGUUUGGAAGUGAUGGGACUUCAACAUUGUAUCUUAUCGACCCUCAAUCAUUUAAAGUCAUAGGAAAAAAAAAGGUCAUAUAUAAUGGUCAUGAAGUACACAACCUUAACGAACUGGAGUUUAUAGAUAAAGAAGUUUGGGCGAAUGUUUGGCAGACUGAUUGCAUUGCUAGAGUUUCACCUGAGGAUGGUACUGUGCUUGGAUGGAUUCUCCUUCAAACUUUAAGGGGAAAAUUGGUAGCAGCUGGGAAUCAUGGUAUUGAUGUUUUGAAUGGCAUAGCUUGGGAUAGUGAGGAGAAGCGUAUUUUUGUAACCGGAAAACUGUGGCCAAAGCUUUAUGAGAUCCAGUUGGAUCCAGCAAAGAAACAAUAUACAAGCGGAUACAUCGAGCAGUUUUGCUUGCGGAAGCCAGUCCAUUUUGCAAAGCCAUAGCCAAAUACUGGAAGGUCUUCUUGACAUGCUACUUCUGAACUUCUUAAAGAUCCUGCAAUUUUGAAUAGAUAUGGAGCAUUUCUUCUAUAAAUUUCAUCAAUGUUCAGGAAAUUUGUACAGGAAACAGAAGCCAUUUAGGGGAAGAGGGCAUUGUUUGGAACGAAUUACAGUAGUAGUAAAAAGGGUGUAACUGAUCUUUUUGAGAGAAUUA